CACCGCUCAAAGCCAGAGCGCCUCAUAGACUACCCGUACGCGCAGCAACUGUUUGCCUCGGAGCGCUACGUCCUGUCGAGUCUUGGGGCCUCUUCCGCGGCGGAGACGAUGCGACAUUUCACACCGCUUCUGAUGCAGCCGCAAACGCAUAUGCCCGCGGGCGUGCAAGGCCCAUUAGCAUCGCUGCUCCUCGGGGGGAAAGGUGGGAAUGUCAAUCUGGCCGCCCCGCACGCGAACCUGCGCGUGAGCGCCGCUUUUCUGGAAAAAGACAUUGCCGCAAUGCUUCAACGCAUUCAGCAGCAGAAAAAACGCGCCGACCCGCUGUUUGUGAUGGCCAUAGCGCAGUACGCAGCGGAGUUGUUUGCGAACACCGCUGUUGUGUACCGCACGACAGCUUCACUCACGCACGAGGAUGACAGCGCACCGCGCGACUGGCUGCUCACGCAGGCCUUUUGUGCCGAUUCAAGCGCACGUCGCGCGACGAUUCUUUGUGAAUGGGACCUGUCAAGCGCGGCGCGAAAGGCCAUUGGCAAAGCUGCCGACCUCAACGGCUGCACGACGCACCCUGUAGAGCUCAUGAACGCAGAGCCCGCUCGGAAGCCAAAGGUACCGUCCAAAAGUGCUGCGGCGAGUAUGACGCAAGAGGCGAACUAA